AAAAGAAAAGAAAAGAAAGAAAGAGAAAGAAAAAAACCCGCAGCCUCAUAGGCAAGAUGAAAAACUGCCUUAUCCCGUAACUCCCGAAACUCACCAGACGUUGUAGUUUAAAUUACCCUAAUCCGAGGACAACAAUCAAAAUUUACUCUUGAUUCUCCAGUGGUGUGACUUUUUAAAAAAUAUAAUACAUUUCCUUCUUCCCCUUUAAUUCUUUUUUUUUUUUUUAACAAGGAAAUUUGCUCCAUCUCCAGCAGCCACCGCUGCUCCUUUGAUGUUUUGGUACGCCGUGCGCAUGCGCCUCACAUUAGAAUUACUGCACUGGCCAGAAUAAGUUGGAUCUCUUCUUCUCUUCAGUGAAACCUUAAAUCAUAUCAAAAGCUAAAGGGAUGUGGAGAGUCCGGAAAAAGGGCUACUUUGGGAUUUGGACAUUCCUUUUAAUAAUAGCUGUGGUCUGUGCACAGAGUGCCAAUGACCCUAGCAAUAUGUCACUGGUUAAAGAGACGGUGGAUAGACUGCUGAAAGGCUAUGACAUUCGUCUAAGGCCAGAUUUUGGAGGUCCUCCUGUGGCUGUGGGCAUGAAUAUAGAUAUAGCCAGCAUAGAUAUGGUAUCAGAAGUCAAUAUGGACUAUACCCUGACAAUGUACUUUCAGCAAGCUUGGCGAGAUAAGAGGCUGUCAUAUAAUGUAAUACCUUUAAAUCUCACGUUGGACAAUAGAGUAGCAGAUCAACUCUGGGUGCCUGACACAUACUUCCUGAACGACAAGAAGUCAUUUGUGCAUGGGGUGACUGUCAAGAAUAGGAUGAUCCGUCUGCAUCCUGAUGGGACUGUCCUUUAUGGCCUCAGAAUUACAACCACAGCUGCUUGCAUGAUGGACCUGCGCAGAUACCCUCUGGAUGAACAGAACUGCACCCUGGAGAUUGAGAGUUAUGGCUAUACAACUGAUGACAUAGAAUUUUACUGGCGUGGAGAUGAUAAUGCAGUGACAGGAGUGACAAAGAUAGAAUUGCCACAGUUCUCUAUUGUUGAUUACAAACUGAUUACCAAGAAGGUUGUUUUCUCCACAGGCUCUUACCCCAGGCUGUCCCUCAGCUUCAAACUUAAGAGAAACAUCGGAUACUUCAUCUUGCAGACCUACAUGCCCUCCAUUCUGAUUACUAUUCUCUCUUGGGUUUCCUUCUGGAUUAACUAUGAUGCCUCAGCAGCACGAGUAGCUUUAGGAAUUACCACUGUACUCACAAUGACAACCAUCAAUACUCAUCUUCGAGAAACUCUCCCCAAAAUUCCUUAUGUGAAAGCCAUUGACAUGUAUCUUAUGGGGUGCUUUGUCUUUGUGUUCAUGGCACUGCUGGAGUAUGCAUUGGUCAACUACAUCUUCUUUGGUAGGGGACCCCAGCGUCAAAAGAAAGCAGCUGAAAAAGCUGCCAAUGCCAACAAUGAGAAAUUGCGCAUGGAUGUCAACAAGAUUUUUUAUAAAGAUAUUAAACAAAAUGGGACCCAAUAUCGAUCUCUCUGGGACCCUACUGGAAACCUCUCCCCAACUAGACGGACUACCAAUUACGAUUACUCUCUGUAUACGAUGGACCCCCAUGAAAACAUCUUAUUAAGCACCCUCGAGAUAAAAAAUGAAAUGGCCACCUCUGAGGCAGUAAUGGGACUGGGAGACCCAAGAAGCACCAUGUUGGCUUAUGACGCUUCGAGCAUCCAAUACCGGAAAGCUGGCUUGCCCAGACACAGCUUUGGCCGCAAUGCCCUGGAGCGACAUGUGGCACAAAAGAAGAGCCGACUACGGAGGCGUGCCUCCCAGCUGAAAAUCACUAUCCCUGACUUGACUGAUGUAAAUGCCAUAGAUCGAUGGUCCCGUAUAUUCUUUCCUGUUGUUUUUUCCUUCUUCAAUAUUGUCUAUUGGCUUUAUUAUGUGAACUAAAAAGUAGCGUCUCAUGGGAACAAAAGACUGGAUUUCUCUUCAAACUGGUUGUACAGCCAAAAGUGGGACUUGGAAAAAAUCUUUUCAGGAAAAAAUGAUUUUAAAACACCUUAGUUGCUGGCCUAUUCUAUGAUUCAUUUCAUACUAUUUGGAUUGCUUCUGCUAAACACUUCUUUAUGCUACAAUCUAUGUAUUUUUUUCCCAGUUAAAAUAGAAGUGUAUUUGGUGAGUGAUGGCCAAAUUCAGUUCUGACAUGCCAUUUCCAUUUUAUAUGCUUAGGACUCACUCAGCCUAUACAAGUGGGAAAGUAUUGGAGAAAUAGUCUUAACGAGGUGUAGUAGCAAUGUGAAUCAUUUCCUUGUGUAAUGGGCAUGUCUAGCUGUUCCACAGCUUGAUUUCUAAAGGAAAGAAAUAUUUCAAAUUGAUAUUAUACUUAGAGAUCGUUCACAGUUCACAGAGAAUACUUUCAACACAAGUUGAAAGUAGUACUGAAGAUCAUAAAGUGAUGUUAGAGUGGUGGUGAUGAUGAUGAUGAUGAUGAUGAUGAUGAUGGUGAUGAUGAUGAUGAUGGUGAUAACGUUGACAGGUCACUAUUUCCCACCACCUUGCAAAGUUUUUGGUUAGUUCACUAAUAAAGAAUUGGCAUUUGACACGCAGUGCCACCCUUGCAAGUAAUAAGUCAGGGAAACCAAGGUUGCCUUCUCUAGCUCCAUUAAAUGUUGGCAAAGUACUACAGUUAGAACACCCUGUGCUAAGAAAAAGGAGACUGGUGGUGGUAGCUGCUGUGGUUUUAAGUGUGAUCUUUGUGGGGGGGGGGGUGGAGCUGAAGAGGUUGGGCAUUUCACAGGAAAACUAUUUCACAGUUGGCUACAGCAAUUGUUUAUAUCCUGCCUUUUAUGUAAAAGGAGGGGAUGAGUCUUCAGAGAAUAGCAGAAAAAUUAAAGAAAGGUUUUUAAAGGUAUAAAAGAUUUUUAAAAAAAUAUAUAUAUUCACCAUCAGGGUACAUAUGAACAAAGUGUAGUGGCCAAUGAUGAACUGGACAGGAUUUGUAUCCAACUUCAUAAGCUUAGGGGCAUUGUAUCUAUUGAUACUUUGAUGUGCGAUCUAUUCAGAAGACAGAAAAGAACGGGUAAGAUUAUGGGAAUCACUAGUACCUGAGAUGUUUGACAAAGAAUUUGGCGUGAACCUUGCUUAUAUCAUGGUGUGCAGUUGACAAACAGGGUGUAUUUCACCCCCAACCCCAGCCCAUGCUCAUUACUUCUGUGGAAUUUACCACAAUGUGUUUCCAGAAUUGAAUGGGAUACUCUUAAAUGAAGGCACUGUUCAUUGUUUUAGAAGGGUGAAGUGUCCUGUCAUGUCUUUGUUGCCUCUGAAAUCUGAUCGCUGCUUCUUUUGAAAAAUUAAAGCUUUAUAUUAGUAAAUAAGUAUUGGAGGAUUCGGUAAAUUGAUCUCCUCUUACAUAAGAUGAAGUUCACUUUCACAUUUUCCACAGAAGUAGUAAAAGCAUUAGAUGUAGUUUUUGAUUGUUUUUAAGAAAGAAUACUCUCUUUUUGCAUAUGGAAAUCUGUUCAUUUAAGGAAAAAUGGAGACUGGAAAAAAGAUAACAGCAGAAUUUCCUUGGCAUGCUCAGUUGUAAGAGUCUCUCUUUAGAAAGUAAACCACAUUGCAUUGCACUGACUGUACCUCUAAAUGAAGUCAUUGUAUUUGAAACAUCAUUUGGAAAUGGAAGAACUGCUAUCUGGGUCAUCUUAUAGGAAACAAAUUGAUUUUACAGAGCUUUGUUGACUGAAUGACUUCAGAAGCUUGGUUUUUCCUCUUUUUUUUCCUAAGGGAGUGCUACUUUUUUUUUUUAUGAAGCAGUAUUGUGUUUAAAAAUACAGUCAGAAUUUGACAUGAAAGGCUUUAUGGCCAGGGUUCACCAAUAGAUUGCAUGAGUUAGCUCCUAUUUGUCCUUUUAUUCAUGGCUGAUUUCUAACAUUAGCUGGAAAUGGUGCUUUAUCACAUAGACAUCUUGUUCUGAAUUUGAGACACUGGAUUGUCUCUGGUAGCAGAAGAUGGCAUACUAUUAUACGUGCCUUCUGAGUGUAUGGCUACAGACAGGCCAGAGUUUGAGACAUUCCUUUGCCAAUGCCAUUCUUGUAUUUGUUGAGUCCCACUCUGGUGACAAAUCUGUGGAAGAAAUGGUCAGGUUCCUAUGCAUGGGUUCAUAAUAGUGAGCAUACUCAAGAUAACCCCAAGGUUUCUUUUCCCCAAAAAUGAUUUGUUCUUAGUCAUCACCUAAAUAGCUUUUCCUGCUUCUGCUAUCAAUUGAAUACGUAACGGAGAGAGUAUUUCAAUACCUCAAAUACGCAAAUGAAAGAAACAAAUAGGCUGAAUUCUGAUAGGAUGGUUCUUGAGAAAAGCCAAAGUCUGAGUCUGUAAGUAGGGCUGCUACCUGCCAUUACCAUAAAAGCCAUAAUAAUCCUCAAUAUUGCCAUGUUAUGGGUGCAAUAAAAUGCAGAGUGUGGAAGGAACUGAGCAGACAGACCUAGAACAAAGCAAACAAAAACAAGCUACUCUCUGCCAAUUGGACCUUCAUACAAAGUUAUUUUCUAAAGGAAACAGAAAUAGGAGAUUCCAUUUAUGCUCAUAGUUGUGUUGGGAUGAAGACAUUAGGAAAAGAAGUAAUCAGGAGACCUUAUAAUGGAAAAUAUAGAGUUGCCCAUGAGAGUGAAUCAUAUGUUGGCUUCCAGCUACCAUUCUCUUGGAUCACAUCAGAGCAACUAACUCUUGUCCUCAGUUGUUUGAUUGGGAUUUUAUUCUCUGAUCUGGCUAAGCAGAGAGUACCUGGGAGUGAUUUAAUGCUGCAUUUGAAGAAAAGAAUCAGAAUGAGUCUGGAUAUUCUGCUUUCUUAUGAUUAAGCAUGAGGACUUGUAAAAAAUAAUCUGUGCAAAGACAAUGUUGAUAUUAUAUGAUUAUUAGUAAACAUAUUUCCUUUUGCAUAUACAACAGCCAGCAAUUAAGGUGUUUUUCAUCUUUAUGAAAUUCAUGGGCAAAUUCUGACUCUAAAAUGGCAAAGUUUUAACAAAAUCUUGAAUCUCAAUCUGUAAAUAUCUCUUGUACAUGACUGCUAGCAAAUGUGAAAUGCAUUUUCAGAAUUGAAAACCAGUGCAACAUAUUUCUGUGUUUGCAUAAGGAAUGUUACUUUUCUUUCUUCUUCACUCUAAUAACUGGGAGGAAAAAAAACUCCAUUGUCAUUUAAGUGUUCUCUAUUCUCUUAUUCUUCUAAAACUCAAUCUAAAAUGAAAAGUAGCUGAAAGAUCUCUCUGAGGGAUUUUACAUUCUAGUUUAAAAGCUUAAGGAACACACCCACAUGUGUACACACAUACAACACACACGCAAACACAUACACAUACAAACUGUCAGCUAAAAAAAGCACAAUGCCUAGGGAAGUGAAGGUGGAUUUGUAACUGGGAAAUGAACCAAUUAAUUUUAGGCUAGAUCCAUAUUUUAAUGAAAAAUCCAACAAUAUUCAUUUUGAGUAAGUAAUUGAGUUUCCAGUCCUUAAAUUAACACAGAACUCAACAGAAAAGGAAACCAAACUUACAACAUGUCCAUGUGUGUAUAUAUAUAUGUAUAUAUAUAUGUAUAUAUAGGUCAGUAUAAACAUACAUAUAUAUGCAUUUAUAUGUUGGACAGCAAAAGGAAUAAGCUAAUAUGUUUUGUUUCUAUCACUUAAACAAAUAUAAGAAUAUUUUUUACUUUGGGAAAAAAUUAAUAUAUUAAAAUAAAUAACUGUACAGGGUAACUGGGCAUUUCUAUAUCAACCAAUCAAUGCAUACAAUUCUUACAAAACAUUGCACAAUUUGACUCUAUAAUAGUACCGUACCUCAACAUCUGAAAUUAGAUUACAUUAAAUUCUACUGCUUGCCUUUUCUCUGUCUCCAUCUCUGUCUCUGUCUCUCUCUGUCUCUCUCUCUGUCUCUCUGUUUCUCUCUCUCUGAUUUUCUCUCUCCCUCCCUCUCUUAAAAAAAAUUUGUCCACUAGCAGUUUGAAAAAUUAAACAAAUAUGCCCUAGGGAAACCAAGGGGAAAGUUAUGCUACCAAAUCUUUCUAGGAAAACAAACUGAUGUGUUGGCCAGGGUAAACUAUUCUUAAAAAUAGUGAGCAUAACCAUUUUGCUAUGUGUAUAUAGAACAUGGAAUGUGUGCAAUUAUAAGUCCAGCUGAACAUUUGUAAAUAUCAUCAGAUUUCUUAAACAUUUUUAACUUCUAAUUUGUACUUUAUGGUAAGGCAAAAAUGCUGAUUCUCUCCCAUGGUUUAGGUGAACUGUGUCCUAAAACCCUGUAAAUAAUGAAGCUGUAAAUGAGCGGUCAGUAGAUUCAGUAAUUGUUUAGUGAUUUUCUUUUGUCAUUUUAUUAAGUAUUAUUAUUGCAUUGCCCAAACAGAGUAAUUUAAACACCCUUUUUCAUAGACAGUUCAGGAUUACAGAUAAUAGAAUCUCAACUUAUUUUUGAAUUUUUUUAAGGUCAGUGGGAAUUGGUCUAGUGUUAGAAGUGAUGUAACAAUAGAAUGAGUACAGCUGUGACAGGAAGCAGUAAAAAUCAAAAUUAGCAAAAGGUCUGUUUUUGUUUUUUGGUUUUUGUUUUUUGUUUUUCCCAGCAGAGGUCAAAGAAUAGAUAAGGCUGUAGCUAAGCACUGAGUUUUGAAAGAAAGUGAAAGUCAUAUUGCUCUCACUACAGAGAACAGUGCUUGUUCCAGAAAUCUAUGAUAAAAGUAAGUUCUGAUAGAUUUUUUUUAAGAAGACUGUCCUAUAGAUCCUCAAAACCAAAGACUCCAGAAUUGUGGGAAAUAAAGGGAAAGCUAACCAGUCACUGCUUAACACCAAAGGCAAAGCUUUUUUGAAAUGCACUAGGAACUUUGUUUAAAAUGAUAAAGAAUCAAUGGCAUAGUAAUUCAAAAUUUGUCCUUUUAUACUUUAUUGAAAAACAAAAUAUUGAAAAAAGAGAACAGCAACAUUCUGAAGUAUUUAUCAGCUAUGUGGAGAUUUAAACAGAACAUCUCUCCAGAUAUAUGCAACAUUAUGAUAACAGGCAUCUUUUUUUUUCUGAAGUACUUUAAGGAAUGAAGGGGGGAAAAUGAACCGAUGGAAAACACUGUCUUGAUUUCACUUUUUAGUCAUUCUCCUUGUCAUAUUUACCUUGUCAAAUUCACUCCCAGUCUCUCUGUGUCACCAAUGUUUGGAGGGCAGUUGACCUACCCCAUAUGUCUGUAUCUCUCCUGAGUUCCAGAUGCUCCUGUUUUUCUUUAAUCAGUUCUGUAUUUUGAGUUUACAUUUGAGUUUACCUUUAAUAAGAUGAGAUAAAUUUUAACAAAAUUGCCUAUGAUUUAAAUUUCUUAUUUUUUUUCCUUUCCAUGGGUGUUUAAAUGGUUCUGUUACUGAUGUCUCUGCAUAAUCCUGAUGUCUUUUUUUUUUACUUGGUACUCUGCUUCACAAUGUAGUCAUGAUCAGCCUUACUAAUUACCUUGUAGCCUUUCUUAUAUGCACAUAAUGCACAUUUUCCAACAGCUAGAAAACGCAAAAUACUAGCAGGUAUCAUUGCAUCAGAUUUUCAUGUUUUUCUCAAAAGAACUGCUAACCUCUGGGAUAAGUGAGGUCAUAAAACAAAAUGAUGGUUGUAAAGGAGUAGAACAUAAAAGAUAUUUUCUUGAAUUUAAACUUAUCGCAGCCAGUCUUAGCAUGUAAAUAUAUAAUAAUGUUGGCUAGUGUGUAAUUCUUGAACUAAAAAUACAAAUAAAGAAACCUUAAAAGGAUUUACA